CGAGAUCACUUCGGGGCUGACUUUCUCCUUUCCUUCUCUCUCUCUCUCUCUCUCUGCCUUCUUUCCUUCAUUACCCCGACCGAGCUUCUUUUUGCACGACCACAUCUAUUAUAUCUGAAAGAGAGAAAUCAUAUUCGAAUGCAUAAGUGGACCCCGAAAGACGACUACGAAUCAUAUCAGGGCAGUGCGCAGUCGGAAACACCCGCUUGGGAGUAUAUUGGACAUGGCACGACCAAAGAUUUACCACCGUCACCUAUUGAAGAGAAGGAUCGCUUCUUUUCGCCCAAGACGCACCAAUAUCAUAGUCUUUACAACUUGCAGCGCACCACUGGAUAUGACCUUCAGAUUCACGCCAAGAUUGACAAAGGUUUCUUUAUUACCAAUGGUGACUGGACCUGUUACCGCCGUAAUUACUUCCAAGUAAGCGCCACCCUGUCUCUGCAAGCUACCAAACAAGGAGAUAUGUAUGAGCCUGAAUUACCCAUUUUGUUGGGUAUCGAUGGACAAACCUACACCGUAGAAGAGUUCUUAUUUGGGGUGUCAGCUGAGGCAGCCUCGAGUGGAAAAUACAUCGAUCUUGUACAGCAUACUGCGAAACGUGAUAAGGGUCCUCAGGUUACACCACCGCUCAAGCCAGUGCGCACAGAAGGCCCUCAACAUGGACUAGCAAUGUUCGAGCGCCUUCAGUUCAAGACAGCCACCGCUAACAAUGGUAAACGUCGUGCUACCCAACAAUAUUUCCAUCUCAAUGUUGAAGUCUUUGCUCGCUGCUCGGAUAGCAGCAUCCAUCGCGUGGCCGUGUGCAAAUCCCUUCCUGUGGUGGUACGUGGCAGAAGUCCCGGACACUAUACUGACAAAGGACAACGUCGUGUUAAGAGCCUACCAAGUUCCCCUUCGGAUGAUCGUAGCUUUUCAAAAUCCCCUCCCAACAUGCCUGACUAUGGAUACCCUUAUUCACCUUAUACAACCUUCCCUCCACAUUACGGGUCCGCUCCCAUCACGGACAUGCCUCCCCCAUCGGCACCCCAUUCCAUCAUGAUGAUGCACCCUCCACCGCGUCAACACCAUGACGGCGAUACUGGUUAUAACCCUGCCAUGUCCCCUGCCAUGGCUCAAUACCCCCCCUCGGGUCGUUACCUGCCUCAUGAUGGUAACGCCUCUUCACCCGAAUUGUCAUCACCUGAUAUGCAUUUAGCCCGUAAUGCAGCCCAACCUGACGUGGAGAAGCCUACCAACCCUUACCCUGGCCAACGACCUCCAUUGGGCCUUAACAUUCACAUCAACAACGACGGCUGGGACCGUCAUCGCACCAACUCAACGAAUAGCCUUUCAUCUUCUUAUGUCUCUAGCAUAUCGUCCCCACCUCCUUCAGAUGAUCGCAUGUAUCAAUACGGCAUGGUGCCUACCAUGAACCCCCCUUAUCCAAAGCCAAAUGCUAUAUCCUAUACACCCGUUGAAGAAGACAUUCCUUCAAUGAACCGUUGGCAGUAUCGUCCUGACCAAUCUUGGACUGAACAUCAUCCUAGUGAACAUCGUGAUGGCCUGGUGCAUCCCUUGCAGUAAAGUCCCCCUUCCCUCCGUCAUGUUGAUCAUGUAUUUUUUUUUGUUGUUGUAUUCUGUUUGUUGUACUUGUUUUUCCCAAGACUUACGCGCCC